UAGAUCAUAGAUGAGGAAGAGACACAGUUCAUGAGCAAUUGUCCUGUUGCUGUGACUGAGAGCACACCUCGGAGGAGGACACGCAUUCAGGUAUUUUGGACGGCUCCUCCUACAGGGACAGGCUGUGUGAUUCUGAAAGCCAGCAUUGUGCAGAAGCGCAUAAUUUAUUUUCAAGAUGAGGGUUCUCUCACCAAAAAAAUUUGUGAACAAGACUCGGCCUCAGAAGGUGUGACUGACAAACCGAUUUUAGAUUGUUGUGCCUGUGGAACUGCCAAAUACCGGCUAACUUUUUAUGGGAACUGGUCAGAGAAAACACAUCCCAAAGAUUUCCCACGGCGCACCAACCACUGGUCGGCGAUCAUCGGCAGCUCCCACUCGAAGAACUACAUCCUUUGGGAGUAUGGAGGAUAUGCCAGUGAAGGGGUCAAACAAGUGGCAGAGUUGGGGUCUCCAGUAAAGAUGGAAGAAGAGAUUCGGCAGCAAAGCGAUGAGGUUUUGACCGUCAUCAAAGCCAAAGCACAGUGGCCGGCCUGGCAACCUCUGAACGUGUAAGUGAGUGGGGAAUUGUGUGUCUCAACAGCCUUGGGUGGAGUGUGGGCUAAUGGGCAGCUAUAAUUGCCCCACAUGAUCAUUCACUCUGGUAAAGAAAUCAUCUAAAAAUAU